AAGUUUUAAAAACGCGCACGAGCUCAUGAUUCAAUCGUUGCGCCGCGCGGUGCAUUCUGGUAGUAGUUGAAAGAUUCAAGAUGGCGGCGAGCAGGAGACUACACAAGGAGCUUGAAGAAAUCCGCAAAUCUGGAAUGAAAAACUUCCGUAACAUUCAAGUUGAUGAAUCAAACAUAUUGACAUGGCAAGGCCUCAUUGUUCCAGACAAUCCUCCAUAUGAUAAAGGGGCGUUCAGGAUCGAGAUCAUCUUCCCUGCAGAGUACCCAUUCAAACCACCGAAGAUCACGUUCAAAACGAAGAUCUACCACCCCAACAUUGACGAGAAGGGACAGGUCUGCCUGCCUGUUAUUAGUGCAGAGAACUGGAAACCAGCCACCAAAACUGACCAAGUAAUUCAGUCGCUCAUUGCCCUGGUGAACGACCCACAGCCAGAACACCCUCUGAGGGCCGACCUAGCAGAAGAAUACUCAAAAGACCGUAAAAAAUUCUUUAAGAAUGCAGAAGAGUUUACAAAGAAACACGGCGAAAAGCGGCCAGUGGACUAACAAUACCAGACAAGUGUGUAGCCCCAGACCCCCCCACCCCCCUACUCCUCUGAUCCUCUUCCCCUCGCUCUACCACCUUCCUCCCAAUACCCGAUUGCCAUCCUCUAUCCCUCCCUCCCGCUUUCCCUCCUUCUCCUCUCCUUUCCACGUGUCACUCUAGUCAAGCUGGAGAAGUACUGCGCAGCUGCAGCCUCCGUCUUGAAGCAGGACACCGUGAGGACAUCCGAGUUUCUGGUGUUAGCUUGAGGCCCUUACUAACUUUUUACUCUGUUGUUUAUUAUUUUUUUUUCUUUCUGAAGUUUGAAAGCAUAAAUUUGUUAGAGGAUAACUUAAGAGAAAGAAGUUGGAAAUUGUACAGGGCGUUUCAGUUAUGAAUGCUGUUUGACCCUUUUGUAAUGAGAAAAUGAAUCAUUGCAUUAUUACACACAACUUUCAGAAAUUACUUUUGGAAGUGACAGUUCAUUUAAAACCAGAUGGAUUGUAAUUUAUCAUGUAUAUUAUUAUUAUUAUUAUUAUUAUGUUGUUCCCUCUUCUUACAUGUGUGUUCUUUGAUUUCCACAAUACCAAACAAAACGGAGACAUUGAGGAGGAACGGAGGUUAGCCAGCUGGAGGAUUUCAGCGAUUAUUCAUAUAACCCUUUUACUUUCACUGCACUUGUUGGGUUGCACGGUAUGUCUGAGGAACAGGCUACUUUCAGCCCCUUUCCAAGCCUCGAAUCGGCAAAACCACUGUAGAGUCAGAAACAAAGGCUGAUUUUGCUAUGAAAUACUUUUGUUUCACAAAUGAAAAAGGAACGAUGAAAACAAUGCUAUUUGUGUGAGUGAACGUCAUUUUCCAUGAUGACGAUCACUCAUUUUAAACAUCUCUCUUUUAACGUGUUUCAUAGGAGUUUCUUGUAUAUUAUUGAUUAUUUGGGUUUAAACAGGGAAGUGGCCCUUAGAUUUACAGAGAUGUACGCUACUGAAGAAUAUUAUUCUUAUUUUCUCCCAACACAGAAUAAACGCAGUAGUUGACCGUGAGUUUUCUAGAACAUUCUCUUUAAAGUAUAUUAUUCAAUAUGUCAAGACUCAAGAGUUUAACUUUGGUUUUGACGCCACACUUUAUGAUGUGAAAUCGACGAGGUUCUUUGGGCGUUCUUUCGUUCAAGAUAUUUGCUUUUGGGUGAAAUCUCUUGCAGUAUGCCUCAAAUAAGCCCCUUGCUCUCUUCACAGUGUCAUUUUCUUCUUUUUAAAGGCUUAUUUUUGUGCGGACUUUAAAAACACUCCCUUUUGUGUACCAAAAUAAAAGAGGAAGACCAAGCAAGGGAAUCUGUUAUACUGAAACAUUGGCUAAAUUCACUUUUUUUUUUCUCGCUUCUACAGAUUGGUUAGGGAUUUCCUCUUAAGAUCAACCAAUCACAAUAUUUUUCUGGGAUGCCCAAGCAUUAUGGAUUUG